CUCCACAAUUCUCUCGAUUUUUGUACGAACAGAAUUUUGUUAAUUAUAAAAAAUGUCGAAGAAGGCCAGUAAGACUAAGCAGCCCGAGCAGGUUAUCUCCUUUGGUCCCCAGGUUAAGCCUGGAGAGCUCGUUUUCGGCGUCGCCCACAUCUACGCUUCGGAUAACGACACCUUCAUCCACGUCACUGAUCUGACUGGCCGCGAAACCAUUGUCCGCAUUACUGGUGGCAUGAGAGUCAAGGCUGAUCGCGAUGAGAACUCGCCCUACGCCGCUAUGCUUGCCUCCCAGGAUGUUGUCAAGCGCUGCCUGGAGCUCGGCAUCACCGCCCUCCACAUCAAGAUCCGUGCUAUGGGUGGAACCCGCACCAAGACCCCCAACCAGGGUGGCCAGUCUGCUAUCCGCGCCCUUGCCCGCGCUGGUAUCAAGAUCGGUCGCAUUGAGGAUGUUACCCCCAUCCCCACCGAUUGCACCCGCAGAAAGGGUGGUCGCCGCGGUCGCCGUCUCUGAGCACGCUGCUUCUGCUGUAUUUGCAGGUGGUCUAUUUUUUUGCUCCGCCUCAUUAGCACUGCUUUGGUUCUCGAUUCCAUUCCUUUUUUAGUUUAUUUUUGCCCCUAUGAAAUAUACUAAUAUAUAUAUGGAUUUUGAAA